AGUUCAGAAAAGACAAAAAUAACACUUAUUUAAUCGGUGUAUAAUUAUUCAUUCAACAGAACACAAGCCAUUGUAAACUAGUUAGCAAACAUAAAUUAUUUUGAAGCACGGGUAAUUUCGUUCUUUUUCCCGGAUUUAUUUUGAAGGGCUCAAACGAGCGGAAAUGCUUAGUGACGUACAACUUCAGCGACCAGUUCGAUCAUGUGAAAACGCGCAGUGUGUUAACCCGAUAUCCCCACUACUAGGCUGCCUAGAUUUCUGGGUUUAAGCUAAAUCGGAGGUCCUGUGGAGUGUUUAAGUCCAGUAUUAACAGCGAAAUCUUCACAUUGGUGUAUGAUUGGUUUCUGCCGUGCCAGCUUAGGAUGGACAGCGAAGUUCAGAGAGAUGGAAGGGUCCUUGAUCUCACCGAUGAUGCCUGGAGAGAGGACCGCUUGCCUUACGAGGAUGUCACGAUCCCACUGAGUGAACUCCCUGAAGCAGAGCAAGACAAUGGUGGAUCCACGGAAUCAGUGAAAGAACAGGAAAUGAAAUGGUCGGAUUUAGCGCUACAAAGUCUCCAUGAAAAUACUCCAAAUUCCGGAAACUAACAAAUCAAAUAAAUCCACGACACUUUACCACCGAGACCCUGAGUUACUAUGCCAUACGAGAUGAUGUCCGACAACUUGACAUUUCGAGCUGCAUGACAUGGUACGCGCUGUAAUCACCUAAGGAACAGAAUGACUUUUAUGUUUCCGUAAACUUCUCAAUGAUCUGCACAUAUAUUAAAAUACGAAUUGAAUUGACAUAGGGUCAUGAACUGAAUGCUCUUAUGGAGAAUCUCAUACUUAGUGCCAGAAUCUUUAUGCACAUUAGAUUACAUUAAAGUUACUCACUUGGUCUCAAAAGAUGUUCAUCGCCUUGCUGCAGAUUUGUGUUCUGUUUCCAUGCAGUUUUGAGUGGCUUCCAGUAAGCAGAACCUAAAAGCCACUGGUGUGUGGGAUAUGUACAUUCAUACUGGUUGACCACCAAGGAAAAUAUAAUUGUUUACAUUUUAUUUGUGGGUAAAAAAACAAUUACCAUUAAGUUAAAUUACCAUAAAAUUUUGUGUCUAAUAUGUAUCUGUAUUUGUUUUUUAUGUGUUUUGGUUUUCAGCAGAUAAGGAGUGCUGAAUCUAAUGUCCAUAUUAAUGCCUAAUUUGGAUGUGUGUCUGAUGUACUUCAAAAAAUAAAAAGGGGGACUACAUGCAUAAAACUGCAGUACGAAUUGAGGGUUAACAAAAUGGGGUUACAAUAGACACGGCCAAACGCAUGAAACCAAUCCAUUUGUUUACAUAGCUAGUCUAUUUAUGGUUUGGUAUCAAAGUGUGGAUAUAUCGUGGACUGUUUUAGCACCACUUACAUUUUUUGUUAACUCUUAAGUUUCUAGGAAAUAGCUUUGUGGAGAACAUCUUAGCUGCAGGUGAUGCAGCAGUGGGUUUUCACCCACCCCUUUACAUUAUACUUCAGGUUUCUUACCAGUAACUGAGGAGUUUUUGCAUUUGACAGAAAGGUGGCUCAACUUUCAGUUGCAAAUUUUAUCAAGUUGUGGGGCAUUCAUUGGUUGGGUUUUCAAAUUGUUUAGACAAAUUAUGGGAAGACGAUAACUUGGGGGACUAUGUAUUAAAAGGACUAAUUCCUA